AUGAGCAAAAAUUUGGCCUGUGUGUUGUACGGGAAGCAGGAUCUAAGACUGGAAGAGCGUGAAAUACCAGUACCGAAGCCAGGCCAGCUGCUCAUCAGGGUACAUACUGUUGGGAUCUGUGGAACGGAUGUGCAUUUCUGGACUCAUGGCGAAAUCGGGCCAUUCAAGCCCGCAAAACCAAUGAUAUUGGGUCAUGAAAGUAGCGGUAUUGUUGCCAGCUUGGGACCAAAUGUCAAGGGAUUUGUCGUUGGUUCAUAA